AUGUUUAACCAAGUCAAGGCUCAAAAUGAAGCGAUCCGAAGUCAAAGUGAAGAGUCAAACAGGAAAUUUGAUUUAAUUCACGAUUCCAUCGAACGAACAUGUAGUGCACUUAACGAAAAACUUGAACAGAACCGGAUCGAUUUAAGUACGGACUUUAGAACCAGUCUUGCUGAGAUCAAUGAAAAGUUUGAGGGCAAUCGUAUAGAAAUUAAUGAUAGGUUCGACCACCAACAAAGCAUAUUAAAUAAGUUAGACUUAAAACUUGACAAGAAUAUUGAGGAAUUACGUGAAGAUCUAAGUUUCGCCAGUGGACAAUGUCAAUCCGACCAACAGAAACUUUGA